GGGCAUCUUUAAUUUAUAACGCUUUUCGUCUUCCACAGGGUGGGGAGGGACGCGCGGCUCUGCCGUCGGGAACCGGCGCUCCGGUGAAGUAGCCGUCGGCGGUCCGCCUGCACCUGGCUGUUCCGCGCCGCAGCCGCGCAGCCUCUGCCAUGGCGGGAGCCGGCGCUUGGAAGCGCCUCAAAUCUCUGCUGAGGAAAGAUGAUGCGCCGCUGUUUUUAAAUGACACCAGCGCCUUUGACUUCUCGGAUGACGUGGUGCAUGAGAGGCUUUCUCGGUUUAACAAACUUCGCGUUGUGGUGGCCGAUGAUGGCUCUGAAGUCCCGGAAAGGCCUGUUAACGGGGCGCACCCUGCCCUUCAGGCCGACGACGAUUCCUUGUUGGACCAGGACUUACCUUUGACCAACAGUCAGCUGAGCCUGAAGGUGGACCCCUGUGACAGCUGCAGCAAGCAGAGAGAAUUAUUGAAGCAGAGAAAGGUGAAAACCAGAUUGACCAUUGCUGCCGUUCUUUACUUGCUUUUCAUGAUUGGAGAACUUGUAGGUGGAUACAUUGCAAAUAGCCUAGCAAUCAUGACUGAUGCGCUUCAUAUGUUAACUGACUUAAGCGCCAUCAUACUGACCCUGCUUGCUUUGUGGCUAUCUUCAAAAUCACCAACCAAAAGAUUCACCUUUGGAUUUCAUCGCUUAGGUAGGGUUCUACGUUGCCUGAUUAUUUUUUCUUUGAUUUUCCACAGAAUGGGGUUUCUGUUGAACCAGUCUGGCCACCAUCACUCCCAUUCCCACCGCGCAUCUUCGGAUUCUCCCACCACCGGCCCUGGGCGUGGACCCAGCCAUGGGCAGGAUAGCCUGGCAGUGAGAGCUGCAUUCGUACAUGCGUUGGGGGAUUUGGUACAGAGUGUUGGUGUGCUGAUAGCUGCCUACAUCAUACGAUUCAAGCCAGAAUAUAAGAUUGCUGAUCCCAUCUGUACAUACGUAUUUUCAUUACUUGUGGCUUUUACAACAUUUCGCAUCAUAUGGGACACAGUAGUUAUAAUACUGGAAGGUGUACCAAGCCAUUUGAAUGUAGACUAUAUCAAAGAAGCCUUGAUGAAAAUAGAAGAUGUUUAUUCGGUGGAAGAUUUAAAUAUCUGGUCUCUCACAUCAGGAAAAUCUACUGCCAUAGUACACAUACAGCUAAUUCCUGGAAGUUCAUCUAAGUGGGAGGAAGUACAGUCCAAAGCAAAGCAUUUAUUAUUGACCACGUUUGGCAUGUAUAAAUGUACUAUUCAGCUUCAGAGUUACAGGCAUGAAGUGGUCAGAACUUGUGCAAAUUGUCAGAGUUUCAGUCCUUAAUUUUAUGCUUUGGGGACUACUGCCUUAUUUAUCUGCAGUCACAGACUUGAGAGCAAUAAAUGCAAACGUAAAUAAGAAAGUGGAAUCCCUGACAGCUGUCUCCAUAUUAAGCACUAGUCUCUCAAAACAGUCACUCCAGCUUGACAGUGCUGCUAGUCUCUGCUUAAUGGUAAAAUGCAACUUCACCGUGAUUUUCAGAUGAAGAUGUUUCCAAAACACUGUUUACAGAAUGAGAUGUGACUCUGCGGAUACCUCACAGAAGACAAUCCAAGACCAUACUUCAUGAUGACAGAGUACAUGUCUUAAAAGAAGCAUCAAGAAUUCAGUAUUUGCAUUUAAAAAUACUUUUUAAAGCCCAUUUUAUAGCAAGCCAGUGCUAGAAAACAGAUUUUUUUUUAUUAUGUAAUCUUAACACCCCGCUUCUGAAAUUUGCUGCUCUCUUUUUACAGAAAUUACUUCUCAACAGAUUUCAGAAAGUACUAGUAAUUCCCAGAGAGUGGAAUAAGCAUGUAUUUCCAAGUGUUUCAGAAGUGUUUUAUUUCACAAAUAAAUCUUAAUGUUAUUGUUAUACUUUAGAACAUCCAUAGAUGUUAUAAAUUAUAACAUUUUUCCAGAUGUUAUAGGGUUUUGAAUCUUAAAGUUAAUGUUUUUGACUAUUUGUAAUCUUACCAGAAUCAAAUCCUUAUAUAUUGUAGUCACUGUCAUUAAAUUAUUUAGGAAAUAGUUUCGGUAUUAUUCUGAAUGGCAAAAAUUAGUCUUAAACUCCAAUUACUAUAUGAUAAUUUAAAACAAAAUAUGAGUGAGGAUAGGGUAUGGAGUUUCAGAUUUAUGGCUCCCCGAAACCACUUUUUUGGUUCAUGGAAUUGUAUUUAAGAACAGCAAGCGCCUACAAAAUGUGAACAGUGUUCCUCUGCCCCUUUAAGAACUGUUUUGCAUUUUGUACAUGAGGUUUGCCUGGUACCUUAGUUCCUGCCUCCAUACCAGUUAAUCUCUGUGUGCCCUUUCUGGGUAAAACUCUAGAGGGCUAAGGUUCUGUUUUAGUACCCACUUCUCACAUGCAGAUUAACCACAUUCUUCCAAAGAGAAAUACUGCUUUCUGAUAUGGGUUAGGGAUUCUUCAUGGAUACCAGAAACACUAAAACAUAAUUUUGAAGUUUUCCAAUAAUACCAUAGCAGAAAUGCCCAUAGGAGUUGGGGGAAGAUACUACUUUGAGGAAGAGAAUUUCAAGGGUUUUUGACCUUGUGUGUGUUUUUUAAAACCCUGGAAUAAAGAUGGACAUUAAAUCUGUGUUGUAGGCAGGCUAAGCAGAAACGUUUCCAAACUGGAGGCAACUGAAUCAGUAACAGUUGUGUUAAAGAGGCACCUGUGAAUACUCAUAUUUCAUUUUGCAGCUCUUGGUUUUGAGAUUCUGUGCAUUAAGAGUGCAUUCAGUCUGUAACACGCACUAUAGGUAAACCUAAGAUAAGAAAACCUGGAUUUACCUAAAAGAUUGUUGAAGGUUAAUAGCAUCUAAUAAAAGGGCUAUUGAGGACUGAUAAACCAAAAAACCAAACCCAUUGCCAUCGAGUCGAUUCUGACACAGCAACCUUGGAGGACAGAGUAGAACUGCCCCAGAGGGUUUCCAUGAGGUGGCUGGUGGAUUCGAACUGCUGACCUUUUGGUUAGUAGCCAAGCUCUUAACCACUGUGCAGCCAGGGCUCCAAUGAGGACUGAUAGUACCUAAUAAUACCCAGUAAGUGUUCGUUGAAUUAAAGUGAAAUUCUGCUUCAUGGGAUUUUUAUUUUGAAUCCCUUUAAAAUAAUAAUUUGAAUUUU